AUGGAACCGUAUGCGAAUGUAUAUUCAUAUGAUGAACAACAAGAGCGCAUGGAAAAUGACGUAGUGAUAAAUGUAAAAGAUCUAAAAGUUUGGACGCCAGAAGAGAAGUCUUGGUGGAGUCGAAAAGCCACUAAACACAAAACCGUCAUUCUCAGUGAAGUUACAGGAUGUAUAAGAAGAAACGAAUUUGCUGCUGUUAUCGGUCCAAGUGGCGCGGGAAAAACAACCUUCCUAGUAUCUCUGGCGGGUAAAUGUACCUUACCUACCUCAGGCACAGUGACCCUGUUCGGUAGAAAUGCCAAGGACUGCCCUGGAUUGGCGGAGAUCGUUCCACAAAUGGAGGUCUUCAUGGCCGGGCUGAGCGUCAUGGAGCAUUUGGUAUUUAUGACAGAAAUGAAACUAGGCACCUGUAAAGAGCCACACAUUUUAAGAACAUUAAAUGUUCUUCUUGAAGAAUUGAAACUAAAGUCUCAUAGACACACUCCUGUAGACGCAUUGUCAGGUGGAGAGAAAAAAUUACUAUCUCUUGCCACUUCGCUCUUGUCGGACCCUAGAAUACUUAUCUGCGAUGAACCAACCACAGGCUUGGAUAGUUAUAAUGCUCUUCUAGUCAUUGGAGUUCUGAAGAGACUUGCUCUUGGCGGUAAAGUCGUCCUGUGCUCUAUUCAUCAACCCUCCUGCGAUAUCUUUAAGGAAUUCAGCUCAGUACUGUUAAUGACUGAGGGUAGACUGCUGUUCCACGGUACACAGGAUGAAUGCGAGGAAGUGUUCGAAAGCAUAGAUCUCCAUUGUCCACUGAAGUACAAUCCGGCUGAAUUCUAUAUAAGAGCAGUUUCGGGUAACAGUGAUAACGUUCAAAGACUACUGUCUCUCUCUGAAAGGAGGUCGGAUGUGAUUGCUGUUAAUAUCGUUGAACAGAUAUUUUGUAAAACAACACAGAGGAACUGGUUCCAGCAGGUACAUCUGCUGUUAUGGAGGCUGUCGUUGACUAUGAAAAGAGGUUUAUGGAACCAAAUAAUACAGUUAUUUAUUUCCGUGGUUAUCACGGCCAUGGUUCUCGCCGUGGCUUACGCAGGUGCUUCAGGUACCAACCAACGAGGAGUCCAAGACGUCCGAGGGUUGAUAUGGCUCAUCACCAGCGAGGUUUCUUUCGGCCUGUCGUAUAGCGCCCUUUACGCAUUCGAAAACGAACUGCCGUUGUUCAAGAGAGAAGUAGGAAUGUACAAAUGCUCCGCCUACUUUGUAUCAAGGUUUUUAAGCUUCGUUCCUCGUUGUAUUGUGUGGCCAGUAACUCUUGUGACAGUGACUUCUCUAGCCGUGGACUUACCCAAUCACAUGCUGACAGCCUUCGAGUUCAUGGUUACUUUAUGCAUCAGCACCAUACCUGGUGUUGCCUAUGGGUUAGGUAUGGCCGCUCUCUUCACGUCAACAGGCAUCAUGGGCGACGUGAUGCCGUGCGUAGACUUACCGUUGUUCCUCAUGUCUGGAGCUUUCCUUCGCAUUUCAUCUCUUCCCGGCUGGAUGAACACCGUUAAAUACAUCUCGCAUUUCUACUACGCUAUGGAUGCUAUGAGCAAUGUGUAUUGGAGACAGAUUGAUCAUAUUGAAUGUCCGUCAAAUCAAACGUCGUGCGUCAAAGAUGGCGCCGCAGUAUUAUUCGAGAACGGAUAUUCAGAAGACUUCAUAGUACAGGAUAUAUUGGGCGUUGUUUUUGUCACACUGUUCUGGUCUCUCCUAGGUUAUUACGGUUUGAAAAGAGAAGAAAAAAAGGGUUAUGCUUAUUAA